AUGUUCUGCUGCGGUUCAAAAAAGAAGAAAUCGAAGUAGUUUUUUGGAAUUUUAGGAAGAGUGCCAAGCCAGAGGAGCCAUCCACGAAUUCCGACACACAUUCUAUUAAGAAGGAAGAGGAAUCCUAAAAAGUGUAUGUUCCACCACCUGCCCCUACAAAACCUAUUGACUAAGUUUUUAUUAAAAUUAAUUCAAAUUAGGAAAUGCUGAAGCAAAUAUAAAAUAUUAACGACUUGCGUAAUCGUGGUUUAUAUGAAAAAAGGUAUUUAAAUCCUAAGUUCUUAGUGUUGAAUGUGAACAUGAUUACAUCACCUAGUUGAUAAAUAAAGAAAAUAUGCAAUAGUAGUUUGCACUUGAAUUUAAAUGGGCAGUUAAUUAUACCAAUCAUCUAAAAGGAAAAAAAACUGAAAUUAGAUCAAUAAACAACUAAAACCUACUAGGACCCAAUCAAUAAAUAAGAAGUGGUUUACAAUAAGAUAAAGACUAUGUGGUCUUAAAUGAACCAGCUUGGAACUUCGUAAUGCAAAUGUAUGGUGGAGGUCCAGAAGUCAAAAUUAUGCCUCCUCCUAAACGAGAAUCUUAAGCUUAACCUACUAGUCUUUCUAAUACUUAUUCUAAGCCUCCAAAACAACCACAAUCCAUGAUAUAAACACAAACAAAUUCAAGAUUUAUUCAAUACAAACCAAUGAAUUAAACUGUAUCAGUUAUGACAACCCCAAAAUCAGUUGAUAGAUAAACAUCAUAAAUUAUAGAGCCACAACCAAGAAAUGAUAGUGCUUAAAAUUAUAGAAAAGGAUAUUAGGAAUAAAAAAGACCAUCUAUUUCUUCAGGUUAAUUACCAAUUAUUGGAUUGAGAAAUCCAAGAUAUUAUUGCUAUUUAAAUUCAGCCUUAUAAGUUCUUUUGAGUAUUGACUCUCUUUCUGAGGGUAUUUUAGCUAUUCAACCAAAAUAUGGAUAAAAAUAUUUAACUGCAUAUUAAGAGUUAUUAAGAACGGUAUUAUAUUUAGUUUUAAAUUAAUUUACUUAGAUUAAAAGAACAGGAUCUUUUUCUGCAAUUGCAGCCUAGAGUGUUUGGGAAACUUGUUCUGGAAAAUUCCAAUUUAAUUAAUAAUAAGAUAGUCAUGAAUUUCUUUUGUUCUUUUUGGGUAAAAUAUAAGAAGAACUUGUUGGCAAAUACAAAAACAAAUAAGAAUUCAAUUCAGCUGAAUAAGCUUGGAGUGAUUAUACAUCCAAAAAUUAAGAUAUUAUUGAUGUCAUUUUUGCAGGUUAAUCAACAAGUUAAUCCUUCUGUAAAUCAUGUAAUUAAGUUUGUGAAGGAUAUGAUCCUAUAUGGGAUUUGUCUUUGCCAAUUAGGUAAUAUUUUAUAAAAUUUUAAGUAAAUCAUAUACUGGAAUUGAUUUGAUAGACUGUCUAAAAUCAUAUUAUAGAGAGGAAGUUAUUAAUGAUACUUGGAAAUGUGACAAGUGUAAAAAAACCAAUAAAUCAGUUAAAAGAAAGAUGUUUAUAAGUUAGACUCCUCAAUAUUUAAUAAUUUAAUUUAAAAGAUUUACUACUUUUCCAACAUCUUAAAAAAUUAAUGAUUCUAUUUCUUACACUGAAAAAUUAGAUAUUUAAGAGUAAAAAUUAAAUUUAUAAUAGAUUUUGUUCUAAAGGGUUGCAAACUAAAUAUAAACUUAAAGCACUUAUAACCCAUAUGGGUUAGAUUAAUGGUGGACAUUAUAAGGCCUAUGCUGAAAGAUAUGAUAAUUGGUAUUUAUUUGAUGAUGAAACUGUAUCAAAAAUUAAUGGAAAAUAAUUAUCUGAUAGAUCAGCCUAUGUAUUGCUUUAUCAAAAAUAUUGA